GAUCAACUCACCGACCCAGUGGUUGUGUUCGAAGAAAGCAGUCCACUACUUUCUACGCCACUUGUAUCCGAUAUUCCGAAGUUCUAACACAAACCGUGGUGUCUAUAAAAACGUAAAAGUGAAUGAAAGUGAAGUGUAAAGGAAUUUGUCUGUCUGUGACGAAUUGAAUCGUGAGAGCUUUCUUUGAUACGUUCCCGGUAUCGUUCAAUUAUGGAUCACAGAAACCUCAUCUUUGGGUUGGCGCUUACGCCGUCUGCAGAAUGGGUCAAGAACAAUCCCUCGGAGCCCACACCAGCGUCGCACCAAUAAAACACUACCAGCACAAAUACGACACGAAAUCGUCACUCGACUUGAGAAUAACAGACUACGAACGAAACUACAGACACAAAGGACCUAGAAAGAGUGUUGAGAGUUUAAAGAGCGAUAUAUCAACUGAGAGCAGCGGAUACAGAAGCGGUUCAAGCGCUUACGAACAACGGUCGGACGUCUCGUGCAAAACAGACUACAACUACACAUCCCUUUACAAAAACAGUCAUUACAAAGACCUGAAUAAAGAACUGUACAAACCAGUCAAGAUAAAAGAGAAACGGAAUAAGCUGACGUUUUAUGACGAAAGCGACGACAUAAAAAGUACAAGAAUACGGAGUUAUCUGAGCGAUACUGAAAAGUUGAAGUUGGAGCAGAUAGCUCCAAAGAAGGCAGGCAUAAGAAAUUAUACGCCGAAGAUUAUAUCUGCUGAGGAGCAGACGAAGAAGACAGGAAGUUGGAAUUGA